AUGCGUCAAGUCACUGUUAUGAUUUUACUUUUGUUCCAACAUUUUCUCGAGCCAAGAUGUCUGAUCCUACUGUACAGCUUACUCAGACCUUCCAUCAUUCCACCUCCACCUUUACCUAUCAGAUCAAAUGGACAUCCCUUGGGGAACCCGGCUCACCCCCCACUGAUUUUUGUGCAUGGUACCCCUUGGUCCUCAAAAGUCUGGUCCAAUCUCGCGUUAUCUCUUUCGAAGUACUUCCAUGUUUAUGUCUUUGAUAACCCUGGUUUUGGCGAAAGCCCCCUCGGCCAGCCCCUUGCGGCUGCGGUGGAAGCUGGUCGAGUCAAUGAGAAGGUUGCCCUAGACGCCAAUCUAUCUCAGCAAAGCGAAGUCUUCGCCGCCAUUUACAAAUUCUGGGAGAAAGACUGGCCGGAUCAAACAAAGGCUCAUGUCAUUGCCCAUGAUCACGGUGGCUUGAUGAGUCUGCGGGCGCACCUGCUGCAUGGUUGUGAUUUUGCAAGUCUAUGUCUGAUCAACGUUGUUGCGAUCGGGCCAUUUGGACAGCCUUUGUUUAAACUGGUGGCUGAGAACGAGAGUGUCUUCACUGCGUUAACGGGCCCGGUGUUUGAAGGCGUGGUUGAAUCGUACAUUCGUGAUGCUGCGCACAGAGAGUUGAGCAAAGAGACAAUGGGAAUGCUGAAGGAUCCAUGGACACGCACCGAUGAAGGCCGGAGAGGCUUCAUUCGUCAAAUGGUUAAAGCGAAUAGUCGGAGUACAGAGGAAGUUGAGCAGAGAUAUCCUGAGGUGGGAAAGAGGAUGCCGGUACAGGUCAUCUGGGGCACAGAAGAUCAAUGGAUUCCUGUAGAGACAGCACAAAGGUUGGCAUCCAUAUUGGACGCACAGCGCGUGGUCUAUAUCAAGAGAGCGGGACAUUUGGUUAUGUAUGACCAAGAAGGAAGUCUAGGCGUGGAGCUAGGCUGGUGGCUCAGGUCUCAAACUUGA